GCCUCCCUGAUACGGACAGGGUGACUGGUCGUUCCUUCCUUUUCCAUUUACAUUCAUUCUCAUACGAAAGACAAAUCUCUCGAAUCUGACCAACCUCCACUCCUUACCGUCUUUCAUCUACUACCAUCUAUCAUCUACUGCCCUGAUCUCCCGUUCGCUAUCCUAUCCGCCCACCAUGCAGUACAAGUCUCUUUGCUUCCUUCUCUCGGUCGUGGCUUCGGCCGUUGCUGAGCCGAAGCUCGAGAAGAGAGGUUCGGGAGAUGACGCAUACUCGGCGGCAAUGGCAAGCCUCGAAUCCAACACAGACCUUGCCAAGAUGGCAACCGCAACUGAGUUCGAAAUGCCCACCGAUAUGCCCACCGAAAUGCCGGGGGAUUUCAAGAUGCCGCCCAGCUCGAUCAUCUCCGUGCUCAUGACUGCCGUCCCUCCCUCCUUCUACUCUCAGAUGGGAGACCCAGAUGCUCGCUCGUCGGUCUUUAACGACAUCCAUGACGGCCACUAUCCGGACUGGUACAACGAGCUGCCUAACAGCGUCAAGACCUACAUCUCCACGGCUUAUCAGACUGAUGCCCUCAGUAAGCCCACUGGUGGUUUCACCACUACUGGUUCUUCUUCUUCCGAGACGGGCCCCAGCUCGAGCUCCAAGGAGGAUUCUAGCUCUGGGUCCAGCACGGGCUCGGAUUCCAAGUCUUCAUCGCCUUCUGCCACCUCUGAGAGUAUCGCCGCGCCUACUGGAGCUCUGGCCGCUGGCCUGGCUGGCGUAGCUGGUGUUCUGGGCCUGGCUAUUGUGCUCUGAUCGGAGAUUGAAUGUGCUUUUGAACAGCCUUCGAAUGGAAUUUGGAGAAAUCGUACUUCACAAUCUGUGUGUUAGUAGUACUAAUUUGAUAUUUACCUGAUCCUAAUUGUUGACGUGAAUGAGAACUAUACUGC